UUCUACCCAUAGACAGCAGAGGUUUCAAGAUGCCAGAGCACUGUACGGCGUAUUGCUGUCCAAAUCGGCGGACGAUUGCGAACAGGGGUCGGGGGAUUACUUUUCACAAGUUUCCCAAAGACAAAGAUAUGAGGAAGAAGUGGGAAGUUGCUUUGAGGAGGGAAGGGUUCACUGCAAGCGAGUCAUCCGUGAUUUGCAGUGAGCAUUUUAAGCAGGACGAGUUUGACAGGACAGGACAGAUUGUCCGACUGAGAGAUGGUGUUAUUCCCUCCAUCUUCAGCUUCCCGGUUCACCUCCAAAGACCGGAAAAGGGCAGGACUACGUCUACUUCCAGAAAAGCUGAAGAGAGCCUGUCUGUGGCCCCUCAGGACGACCCAGAAGCUUCAACCUCAGACUCACAACCUCAGCCUAAUGAUGAUCAUAGCUAUGUCUUGCCUGCUUCUCCUACUGCUCUUAAGGCCAGACUCAAUGAAGCUUUAGCAAGAGUGGAGAGUCUCGAGCGAGAGAGGAAGAAUGCCAUGGCUAGAGAAAAGAGGGCAAAGACCACAGUGAGGAGUCUUUUGGGGGAUUUGAGGGAAAAGAACCUCAUUAAUGAAGAACUCAAAGAGAGGCUUGAUUUCUACUCAGAUCUUCAAAUAGACUUCAAGGCUAAGCAGGGCCAUGAGUACUCAAAGGACCACAGAGAGUUUGCCCUCACACUCCAUCUACAUGGUCCAAAGGCAUACAAAUACCUCAGAGAGACUAAAAAUCUUCCCCUCCCUCAUCCACAUACAUUACAAAGGUGGCUGUGUUCGGUGGAUGGCAAGCCUGGCCUGAACAAGAUGAUGCUGGAUAUACUGGAGAGAAGAUGCCAGGAACCAGGCUAAAUAUGGAUGUGUUGCACUCAUGUUGGAUGCCAUGGCCAUCAGAAAACAUGUGCAAUAUAAUCCACAUAACCAGUCAAUGUCUGGUUUUGUAGACAUGGGUGAUGGAAACAAUGAGACCGAUGUUGCUACUGAGGCUCUUGUGUUCAUGGUGGUUGGCCUACAAGGACAUUGGAAGGCUCCCAUUGCAUAUUACCUGACGAAGUCUCUGUCACCUGAAACACAAAGGGUCCUUCUCAGUCAUGCUUUGGAGGAGCUGCAUGCACGGGGCAUUCGGGUGGUAUCUGUCACGAUGGAUGGGCAUGCCUCCAACGUCAGCAUGUGCAACCAACUUGGGUGUGAGCUGAAGGGAAACCCAC